CCUUGGUUUAGGUAAUUUCGCUAACUACCUCCUAAAGAAGAGAUAACCACGUGCUGCGUUGACGACUGGUUAAGAGAUAAUGCCCUGUGACGUCAUGAGCAAAACAAGUACGAAAUAGUGGACAACGGGCUUUUGCGACGAAAAAACAUGCUAUGGAGCAUUUAGUCCGCCAGCUUUCUAGAGCUGCGCAAGGUAAAAUGUAAGUCAACUCUUCUGUACAAAGUACUUAUGACCUACCAAAGUGAAAAAAAUAAAAAUAAAGAUAAAAAAAUAAAAAAAAUAAUAAUUAAUUAUUUGAAAACGUCGUGAUAAAUAGAGCGCGAUGAGCUAUGCGUUUAGAGCGUUUUCGCAGUUGACAGCCUCGAGCAUACGGCAGUUCACUGGCCGCCGUCUUGGCAAUAUUUAUACUUCGACUAUAAUAUCGCCGGAGAAAGCAAAAAUAGUGGUACCUUCAUCGUAUCGAUGUUUUGCAACUACACCAUAUACGAGAAAACAGAAGCUCGACGACGAGACGGUACGGGAAACAAACAAGCGGGACCAAGAAGCUCACGAGCAAGAAGUAAGAUCCGGAAUUGAAGAUGCUACGAAGCAGCAGAUCAAACGUCCCUGGCAGAGGGAGGGCGCCGACGAGCCUCCCGUCAGCGAGUCGAGGAGGACCAUGAAUAAGACCAUGACCAAGGGCAAACUACUAACCACUCCAACCCGACUCCUAAAACUGAUCCUGCCUCUACCCGUCGAUGCGACACACGACGAGCAUGGCAAUAAAGGGGAAUUCCGAUCUCUCGCCCAAAACGAAGACAUCCAACCCCUAGCCCUGCUCGUCCACCCCCAACAACCCCUAUCCUACCUCGAGCGCCUAAUCCAAGCCGAGCUCCCACCCAUUCGCGACAGCGACGGCCGCGAGAAGAUGCCCAGCGUGUAUUUCCUAGCGGAAAGCUCCGAGCGAGACGAGACCGGGCGGGAGAUCGGGAUCGGCAAGAACAAAUCCAACAUCGCGUCGUACUCGGGCCUCGGCCGCGAGGGCGCCGACACCCCCGCCGAACACAAGGACUGGGUGCGCUGGAGCAGCUCCACCGAGAUCGGCGACUUCAUCCGCGACGCCGCGCGCGGCCGCGAGUUCGCCAUCGAGAUCUCCGGCCACGACGCCGAGAUGCGCGUCGACGUGCCUAGCUUCAACGACCGCACGCACUACAUGCGCGUCCGCCUGCGCCGCAUGUCCCGCAGGAUCGAGGCGCUGUCCAAGAUCAAGCACGAGUGCGAUAUGCUUGCCCAUCGCGGCGUCCAUCGAAUCGCAAAAGCCGGAUUCGUCGUUCUGUCGGGCUGGUGGGGCGCCGUUUACUUCCUGACCUUCCACACUGACCUUGGCUGGGACUUGAUGGAACCUGUCACGUAUCUCGCCGGUUUAAGUACCAUGAUGGGCGGUUAUCUGUGGUUCCUGUUCAUCAGCCGGGACCUGAGCUACCAGGCCGCGCUCAAGAUUACCGUUACGCGGAGGCAGAACAUCCUGUACCAGGAGCGCGGGUUUGACCUGCAGAAGUGGGAGAUUUUAUUGCACGACGUGAAUGCGCUGAGGCGGGAGAUCAGGACCGUGGCGGAGGAGUAUGAUGUCGAUUGGGACGAGAUGACGGAUCUCGGCGGGGCGGAUGUUAAGGAAGUACUUGAGCACGAGGAGAGGAAGGGCGAAAACGAUCGCGAGCACGAUGAUAAGAAUCGCAAAGAAAAUGCGAGACAUAAGCCGGAUGAGAGUAAUGAGUCAUGAUACCCGCCGAAUACACAUAGAAUAUAUAUCUAUAGAACAAAGCGUAGUUUAUUCCCAUCGAGAUCAAAUUUGAGAAUCUUGUGCUAUGCAAUUUAACGCGCGUGAAAGGCACAAAUUUUUGGAUGAGAAGGCCAAUUUUUG